GCUUCACAUACAACGAAGUCGUUUCCUUCCGUGAAACUUCAUGAUGACCCACUGAAUGCCCCGAAUUUCGAUGCAAAAUGUGCAUAAAUGCAACUCACAAUGGAACAAAAUCUUUGGAGAUGACACUGUUGAGUGUUUGAUUUAGACAUCUGAGCGGCCAAGGAUCAAAGGAACAAUGGGAGGUUAUGAUUUUGAAAACGAUGACAGGUGGAAAGGCCUGCUUCUGACCGCCCUACGAAAGGUUCAGAGAGAGGUGCACCCUUCUCUGAUCGUAGAGGAGGCUGCUCUGGAGUACAUAGAGCCUCUCAUUGUCCGGCUGCUGGGCAUGCUGUGUGCUGGUCAGCCCCACACUGUCCAGGAUGUCGAGGAGCGUGUCCAGCGGGCCUUUCCACACCCCAUUGACCAGUGGGCCAUCAGCGAUGCGCGCAGUGCCCUUGAGAAGGGUAAGAAGAAAGCUCCGUUGGUGUUGCCUGUCGACAAGAUUCAUCCACUACUUAAGGAGGGGCUUGGUUACCGGGUGGAUUCCCAGGUCUCCCUCUAUCUUGUGGCUGUCAUGGAAUACAUAGCAGCUGACAUUCUUAAGUUGGCGGGUAACUAUGUGAAAAACAUACGGCAUAUGGAGAUUUGCUGUCAGGACAUCAAAGUGGCCAUGUGUGCUGACAAGGUCCUGAUGGAGAUGUUUCACCAGGAUGAUGAAGAGGUCUCCAUGUCCUCGCUGGCAUUGGAGGACAGUCAGGAGGUUGACGUCCGCACAGGCACUCUCACCUAUGAUGAGGUGGUCAAGGACAUGAUCCUGGAAGAGACCCAGUACAUCCGGGACCUCAACCUCAUCAUCAAGGUCUUCCGGCGGCUCUUUACCAGGGAACCCAACCUUUUCAGUGAGCAGGAUGUGGCAGACAUCUUUGGCAACCUAUUGGACAUCCACAGCAUUUCAGUCUCCUUCCUGAGUCAGCUGGAGGAUGCCAUGGAAAUGAUGGAUGACAACAGCUCCUAUCCUGCCAUCGGGGAGUGCUUUGAAGAAAUAGCAGAGGGUGAAGAGUUUGAGCCGUACAUCCCUUACGCAAACCAGAUCCUGAGCAGCAAGAGCCGAGGCACCCUCAACAGGCUGCUGGCUAGGCCAGAAGUGGCCCGUUACUUUCAGCUUCAGGAUAACUUCAAGGACGCUGUAGCCUAUGUCCUGCCCAAGCUCCUUCUAGAACCCAUCUACCACUGCAUACACUACUUUGAUGUCCUUAAGCUACUUCUGAAAACCUCGCCCAAUGAGGAUGACAGAGAAAGCUUGAGACAGGCAUCUGGUGCCCUGAAGACACUUCAGACGGACCUGGAGAAAAUAUGCACAAUAGGAAAUUUACCUAAACGGAAAGCAGGUGAGACGUUGCGAUUCCACCGACGGGUUGCCUCACGGCAGCUCAGCAUUCAGAAGAUGAAUGAAAUCCAGAAGAACAUUGAGGGCUGGGAAGGCAAAGACAUCAAUCAGUUGUGUAACGAGUUCAUCAUCGAAGGAAACCUUGGCAAAGUCCAUGCUGGCAAGAACAAAAAGGCAAACACGGAGAGGCAUAUCUUCCUGUUUGACUUGAUGAUAGUCUGCUGCAAGCAGAAUGCUCGUAAGUCAGUUACCAGCAGCUCGCCAGAGUACCGAUUUAAGGAACGCUAUGCACUGCGGAAGAUUAGUCUAGUGGACAGGGAAGAUACAGAUGAUUUUAAGCAUGGAUUUGAGAUUAAGUUAAAAGAGCAGCACCCGCCAAUAAUCUUCUUUGCCAAAAAUCGGGAUGAGAAGACGACUUGGAUGGAGGCACUCACCACAUUGUGUUUAAGAAGUACUAUUGAGAGGAUGUUAGACACGAUAUUGGCCGAGGAAGAGGCACAGCAGCCCCUCCGACUGCCCACGACAGCAGAAUACAAAUUUGCUGAGGAGGACUCCCCAAACAACAUUGUCUUUGAGGAAGGUCAGAAGUCUCGAGCAGGGGUACCACUGAUUAAAGGCGGUACCCUGCUGAAGCUGAUAGAGAGGCUGACAUAUCAUAAGUACGCUGACCCUUCAUUCGUCCGGACCUUCUUGACCACCUACCGGUCAUUCUGCAAACCGCAGGAACUACUCUCACUUCUUAUUGAUAGAUUUGAGAUCCAAGACCCCGAGCCCACAGAGGAGGACCGCAUUGCGUUGGACAGAGGAGCCAUAGUGGUCAGGGAGGACCUGAAAAGGUUCCGCAAGGAAUAUGCACAGCCUAUACAGCUAAGGGUCCUGAAUGUGUUGAGACACUGGGUUGACCGUCACUUCUAUGACUUUGAACGCAACCCGGACCUUCCAAAGAGACUGAUGGAGUUCAUUGACCAAGUCAAAGGCAAGGCCAUGAGGAAGUGGGCGGAGUCAAUCAAGAAGAUUGUUCAGAGGAGGCAAGAGGCUGACCAGUGCAUUCGUGAGAUCACAUUUGAGAGGGAUCCACCUUUAUUGGAAUGGCACAUCACUAGAACACCUUCUGAAUUUGACCUCAUGACGUUACAUCCCAUUGAGAUCGCUCGGCAGUUGACAACACUGGAGGCUGAUUUAUUCCGGGCAGUCCAACCCUCUGAGCUGGUCGGCACCGUCUGGACCAAGAAAGAUAAGAGCAUCACCUCACCCAACUUACUGAAGAUGAUCCACCACUCCAACAUGCUUAUUCUGUGGUUGGAGAAAUGCAUCGUAGAGGCUGAGAACUUUGAGGAGCGAGUUGCUGUUCUGUCUAGAAUUAUAGAAAUAAUGAUGGUGUUUCAAGAGUUGAAUAACUUCAAUGGCGUGAUGGAAGUUGUCAGUGCCUUGAAUUCCUCUGCUAUAUACAGACUAGAGCACACAUUCAGGGAUUUGUCCCUCAGGAAGAAGCAGGCUCUGGAAGAGGCCAAGGAGCUUUCGGGAGACCACUACAAGAAGUACACAGAGAAGUUGCGCUCUAUCAAUCCACCAUGUGUACCAUUUGUAGGCAUGUACCUCUCCAACAUCCUCUUCACGGAGCAGGGCAACCCAGACUUCCUGCACUCGGAGGUGGAAGGCUUAAUCAACUUUAGCAAGAGAAGGAAAGUGGCAGAGAUCACGGGCGAGAUCCAGCAGUAUCAGAACCAGCCUUACUGUCUGCAGAGUGACAAGGCAAUCAAGAGAUUCUUUGAAAACUUGGACCCCAUGGAGGACAAGUCAGAGAAGGAGUUCAACGAUUAUUUGUACGAGAAAUCACUGGAGAUUGAGCCAAGAAAUUGCAAGCAGCCACCCAAAUUUCCCCGAAAGUUUGAAUACCCCUUGAAGUCUCCAGGGAUCAAGCCCUCGGCAGUACGCCACCCGUCUGUAGUCGGUACCCUGACGAAGGUAGGGUAUGGAAGUAUGGAACUGAAGCCACCACUGCUAUCAACGAGAACGACAGAUGAGGACUCCACCACCCCCAUCAAGGCAGUGAGUGGGACUCCACCCUCCCCACACACCCCAACCACACCCUCCAGUACUUCUGACUUUGACAACAGCGUGUUUGCACAAGUUGACAUAGCAACCCCAAAGGAUGAUGAGGAACUUCCCCCGCCAGUCCCGCCCAGGAUGAGGAUAGACAGCAACUCGCCCACCAGGCCUCCUGAUGCCACUGAGCCGCCUCUCCUCCCGCCCAAGACAAAGCUGCCUCAGGCCAAGCCACCACUCCCCCCACGCCGGAACUCCGCCCACCACCCACCGGGCUACGUGUCCCAGCACAGCGCGCCUGCAGCUCACUACGCCGGGGGUGCUGCAACCCUGCCCUACCCCUCCUCCCCCUCUGCUGCUGCCUCCCAUCAGACGACCCAGUUCGACAUGAAUGGGAGCAUUCCUGCCGUGCCACCGAGGAUCCACCGCAAGAGUCCGUCCUACCCGCACGAUCAGCACAUACGCCGUACAGCCUCGGUCAGUGCUCCACCCUCGUCCCCGAAUGCAUUCUCGCACCGCCGGGAGAUACCCACACCGAUGCAUUACUCCACCCAGUUUGAAUCGCCCUGGGUGCCCAGAGUCAAGAGGCCAUUGACCCCCACACUCAACCAGUCGUUUCACACACAAUUUGCAAACUUGACUUCUUCCACACCAAAUCUAAUGCAACAGCAGCAGCAGCAACAACAGCAGAAGGUGUAUCAACAGCAGCAGCAGCAGCACUUUUAUCAGCAACAAUCCCACCACCAUCACCAUCACCAUCAGCAGCAACAGCAGCAUCAACAGCAGCUGCCAAAUCAGCAAACACUAGCAAACCAGCCGUUUGUACAGACACAGCAAUACCAACCGUCAGUACCAAACAGAGUAUCUCUCAGUGCACCACCCGUUCCGCUCCGACCCCACGAGCAACAGAACUCUCCAUCAAAGGGCCAGUCAGUACCCACAGAACAAGUCUGAUUGAACCCUUCCAUUGACAG